AUGGGCCCCAAUCAACGAGAGCACAUUAUCUAUCUAUCUAUCUAUCUAUCUAUCUAUCUAUCUAUCUAUCUAUCUAUCUAUCUAUCUAUUUAUCUAUCUAUCUAUCUAUCUAUCUAUCUAUCUAUGAUCCAAAGGGAGCAGGCGCUCUUGGCGGAACGCUUUCCCACUUUAUCCCUCACUCUCUCCCCCACUAUCUAUCUAUCUAUCUAUCUAUCUAUCUAUCUAUCUAUCUAUCUAUCUAUCUACAUAAUCUAUAAAGACGCAGACACAAAGACACGCGGAAGAAAACACACAGACGCAAACAGACAGCCACGCAUUCGCAAUCUUUCGUUUACGUCCCCUCUUCUUUAUUUCUUACUAUCACUCCUUAACUUUCAAAGAAGAAUGCAUUUACUCAAAGGUAAGUACGUGGAACGCUCGAUGUCUGCGAGGGCUUAUCACCGUAAUAGCCUAGAUAUGGAUACAUCUAAGUUAUAUUUAACGGAUUCCUGUUUAAUUCUAUCUAUCUAUCUAUCUAUCUAUCUAUCUAUCUAUCUAUCUAUCUAUCUAUCUAUCUAA